CAAUCAAUCUAACAGCACCUAAGUAUGGGUCUCUUUGAAGAGCUAUCCCCCCUAGCAGAACUCGAGGCAGAGUCCGAGAAGGAGAGAGCCCCUCUAGUAGUGAACUUAGUUGAUUAUGGACUGAGAUGAUCUCAAAUCAGUACGGUUGUUGAUAGUUUUAACAGUUAUUUCCUUCGUUCCAACACUUCGGUCGUUUCCCCGGACUCUCUUGUGGUUUUAUGGAAGAAUUAAAAUGACCAAGGCAAUUAGCGUUUUUGUAUUAGUCGCGAUACUGUGGAACUGUUUGGACGAAACUGCUAGUUUGGGGUUACCAGAAGCUAGUGCAUUGAAGAAUGCACUAACUGGACGAUUUGGCUUUGGUGGAGCCAAAAACAAACCACCACCGAAACAUGACACACCAGCAUCUUUAUGCAACUGCACUUGUGGCGAAAGAAAUGACGAUGGAAGAAUUGUUGGUGGAAAACCAACAGGACGAAACGAAUAUCCAUGGCUGGUAAAACUGUCGUAUUUCAACCGAUUUUACUGUGGAGGUAUGUUGAUCAACGAUAGAUAUGUGCUUACUGCGGCGCAUUGUGUUAAAGGAUUCAUGUGGUUCAUGAUCAAGGUCUCAUUUGGCGAACACGACAGAUGCAACGACACCGUCAAACCGGAAUCCAGGUUCGUCCUCAGGGCCAUAGCUGGGGCUUUCAGCUUCCUGAAUUUCGACAACGAUAUCGCCCUUUUGCGCUUGAGCGAUAGGGUGCCCAUCACGCCCAACAUAAAGCCAAUCUGCCUGCCAAAACUGGAAUCCAAAGCAAACACCUACGUGGGUGAAAAAGCAAUAGCUGCAGGUUGGGGGACGCUGAAAGAGGAUGGAAAACCGAGUUGCAUACUGCAACACGUCGAAGUCCCAGUGAUGAGUAAUGAAGAAUGCAGGAACACAAACUACUCUUCCAAAAUGAUCUCCGACAAUAUGCUAUGUGCUGGAUACCCGGAAACUGGAGGAAAAGACUCUUGUCAGGGAGAUAGUGGAGGGCCACUUGUGAUAGAAAGACAGGAUAAGGAUCAUCGUUACGAGUUGAUAGGAAUUGUCUCCUGGGGAAAUGGAUGUGCCAGACCAGGUUACCCGGGCGUCUACACAAGGGUCACCAGGUAUUUGGACUGGAUUCUGGAAAAUUCGAGCGACGGUUGCUUUUGUCAAGACUGAAACGACGAAGAGAAUGUUGUGAUAUUUAAAACGUAGAAUAUAAAACGAUUAUUUAAUUCGAAAUCGAACAUGUUUGCAUGGAAACGUAUGCAUUGUGAUUCAUUACAUUCUUAAUAAAGUAUUUAAGAUCA